AAGGAGAGGUGAUGCGCACAAUAGAGUCCAAGAGACUAAUGGGACAGAAGAUGCGUUGUGGAUCUCAGCUCGUCGAUUCGUACAUUAACGAUCACAUACGCGACAUGCGUAGGGCCGCGAAAUAUGCCUUUUAUGACAGCCCGAAGCGUGCAGAGUAUAGGAGGUUGAAGGCGGCAGAUGAGAAGAGAGCACAGGAUACAAGGGAAUGGAAAGCGGCUCGAGCCGAGAAACAGAUGUUGGAUAAUCUUGCUGAUCGCCUCAAGGGAAAGAUUGGAUGUGGCGUAAACUAUUUGGCGGAUGAGGCGCAUGCAAGAUAUGUUCAGGAUAAAAUGGCGACUGUUGAGCUGAUGGAAGAGGAGGAGGACGACACAUCUAGAUUGAGUGAGCUUAUCGCUCUCGCAGAGGCAGGAUUACAUAGAGAAGAGGAGGACGACACAUCAAGGUUGAGUGAGCUCAUCACACUAGCUGAGGCAGGAUUACGUGCUCAAGAGGAAGAGGACGAGUUUAUGUCUCAGGCCGCCGAAGAGGUAGAGGCGGCUUAUUACAAGCAGAAGUCUGAUGAGGUUGAGGCUGAGGCUGAGGAUGAGCUAUUCUCCCAAGCUGCAGAUGAAGCAGAAGCCAAUCAUUACAAGAGAACUGUUGACAAGUGUGAUGCAGGACAAUGCAGCAAGUGGAAUGAGGUUGUCGUUGAGGAUUGCGCGACGGAGGACUCCGAAGAUGAGUUACUUAUAGAUUGUGAUUCUGAUUGAAGAAACUUGUAGCCUGUUAUGUAGUAUUUUCAUAUCCAAAAUAAUUUAGAACUCUACUUGAAUAUCCAAAAUAGUUUAGAACUCCGAAGAUGAGUUACUUAUUGCUUGUCAUGUUUUUUACAAUUCACAAAAAAAAUUCGCGAGA